AUGGUGGCAGCCUGGCGGGGAGGAGGAGGACGAUGCCUACGGACCGCGCUGCUCCCGCAACUGGCCGCCUUGGGGCUGAGGCUGCUGGUGCUGCUGCUGGGCGCCGCCUCUCCUCCGCUGGGAGUUCACGGCCGGCGCCUGAUCUGCUGGCAGGCGAUGCUGCAGUGCCAGGAAGAGCCGGACUGCGGCUACGCUUACAGCCAGUACGCCGAGGCGUGCGCGCCGGUGCUCAUGGCCGAGGGGGACGGCUUUGCCGCCUCGGCGGCGGCGUCCUCCUCCUUCUCCAAUAGGCGGCGGUGCCCGAGCCACUGCAUUUCGGCGCUCAUCCAGCUCAACCACACCAGGCGGGGCCCGGCGCUGGAGGACUGCGACUGCGACCAGGACGAGAAGUGCCGCGCCACCAAGCGCGCUAUCGAGCCGUGUUUGCCUCGGACGAGCAGCGGCGGCGGCGGCGGCGGCAGCGCGGGCGGCGGGGGAGCGGGCGGCGGCGUGAUCGGCUGCACGGAGGCGCGGCGGCGCUGCGACUGGGACAGCCGGUGCAGCGUGGCCCUCAGCCGCUACAUGACGUUCUGCGGCAAGCUCUUCAACGGCCUGCGCUGCACCGAGGAGUGCCGGGCCGUCAUCGAGGACAUGCUGGCCGUGCCCAAGGCGCUGCUGCUCAACGACUGCGUGUGCGACGGGCUGGAGCGGCCCAUCUGCGAGUCGGUCAAGGAGAACAUGGCUCGCCUGUGCUUCGGGGCUGACGCCCUGGGGCCCGGCAGCAGCGGCGCCUCGGACAGCGCCUCCGACGACUACUACGAAGAGGACUACGAGGAGGAGCCCAGCCAGCCCACCAGAAAUUACUUCGACGACAUGGCGGCCGUCGCGGGCGGCGAGGCGAGGAAGCCCUUGGACGGCGGGACAGCCCCUGCGGCCGCCUGGACGCUGCUCUCGCUCGCCUCCAUUUUGCUGCUGCUGGUCUCCUAG